AUAUGGAUUUCAGUUGCCCAUCUUUCUUUCAGUAUUAAAUGUCUUCACGCAGUGUGUGCUUAUGCAUUUAAGACCACAUAUGGCAGAUGUGUGUGGGCAGAUGAGUGUGAGAACAAAUUACUUGAGAAUAUGAGAAAAGGACCAAAGGUUUUCCUCUGUGCUUCAUACUCAGUCAAGCCACUGCAAAUUUUAUAGCAGCGUGGUCGUUAAUGAGAUGUAAAACACAGCUAUAACGGAGUAAGUGAGAACAGGAAUCUGAACCUAUGCAUGUUUUUUGUGUCAUCCUGCAGGAUGAAGAAACACGUAAAGACUAUGAUUACAUGUUGGAUCAUCCUGAAGAGUAUUACAGGCAUUAUUAUCACUACUACAGCAGGAGAUUGGCACCAAAAGUGGAUGUCAGAAUAGUGAUUCUAGUUACGGUGUGUGCCAUCUCCGUGUUUCAGUUCUUCAGCUGGUGGAGUAGUUACAAUGAAGCGAUCAACUACCUAGCUACAGUGCCAAAAUACCGCAUACAGGCUACUGAGAUUGCCAGGCAACAAGGUUUACUCAACAAGACUAAAGAAAAAGGCAAGAACAGGCGGUCUAAAGAAGAAAUUCGUGAAGAGGAGGAAGAAAUCAUCAAAGACAUUAUUAAAAAUAAAAUAGAUAUAAAAGGCGGUUAUCAGAAGCCCAAGAUAUAUGAUAUCCUUCUAUUUCAGAUCCUUCUCUUUCCUUUUUACUUGUGCAAAUACGUAGUUUGGUACGGUUGGUGGAUUUAUUGUUUCACUAUUAAAGGGCAAGAGUACGGUGUGGAAGAGAAGCUAUAUAUUAUACGAAGGUACAUGAAGAUGUCUCAAUCUCAGUUUGACAGCCUAGAAGAUCAUCAAAAAGAGACCUUUCUUGAACGGCAGCUAUGGAUCCGAGAAAACUAUGAGGUCUAUAAAAGAGAACAAGAGGAGGAGUUAAAGAAGAAGAUGGCCAUGGAUCCCCGAUGGAAGAGAUAUCGGAGGUGGAUGAAAAAUGAAGGACCCGGAAGACUGACUUUUAUUGAUGAUUGAAAGUUGUUGAACAAUAUGCAUGCUAAGGCUGAAAGCAAUUUGCAAAACUUUUCACUACAUCAUUCAGAGUUUUGUCUGCUGUGGCUCAGCAGUGAUCUAAAACUCAGGAAUUAUUAAAUCAGGCCGGGAAAAAAAAAAAAAAAAACAACCAGGUUUACCAUUUUUAUGAGUUGGACCUAUUAAACAGGCUCAGCUCAAUGUAUAUAUGCCAUUUACUUGGGGAUCUCAGUGUGGAAUUAAUUAUUCCAAACAAUGUAUUUUCUCUACAUAUUUCGUAUUCAUGGUCAGUGGAACCAUAACUUUAGCCUUUCUGAAAAUGUUUCUAGAUCAGUCCUUGAAAGUGCUGUUUUUCUCCUUUUUAAACUGAAGGGUUCUUGCAAAUGGACACUGAAGUGCUUAUAAAGGGUUCUGAAGCAAGGGCCGCUGUCUGUUUUCCUCUCUCUCCCCCCUACUUUCAAUCUAAUUUCUAAGAUGCCAAAUUGGUUUUUUGAUGUAGACAAUAUGGGGAUUAUACCGGACUUCUUCUUUUGCUAUUCCUGCUCCAUUUGGAAACGAAUUUUAUUCUUUGUGGGAAUAAAUGAUGCAUGAUUGAUCAUCAUUGUGAUGCAAACAAGCCUUAAUUCUUUGUUCUACAGAGUGAUUCAUGAAUAGUAUUGUUAGAUCUUUUGCGUUUGGUUUUUCAUCGUGUACAUUGGAUUGUACCUGCUUGUUCUGAACAAGUAUAGCAGUGAUUAUUAGUCUACUAAAUGUGACAUUUCUUUCACCAAAGUAUUGGUAAAAGGGAAAAUGACCCUUUUGUUAAAAGGGGCAAUUUUG